AUGAUCCGUCUUGGUCUGCUAGUUCUUGUAUCUUUUUCCGUUUAUGUCUGCGCACAGCAAAGUGACGGCCCCGAUGAGGAACUGUUGGUGGAAUACAUGAAAUACGUGAAGAAAAGCAUGGAUAUUAUAAAGAAAGCUGUCAAAGAAACACCUCUCGACAAGCUCAAAAAGCAAAUGCAUGACUUGUUCAAGCUAUAUCUCAACGAGGUCCCUGAUGUGGAAUGGAUGAGAAAUCCCGAAAGGGUUGAAGACUUUGCGGCAGCAAUGCGUGAUGUUGCCGAUGAGUUGGGGUCGUGA